AUGAGCGGAAUGAAGGCGACGGACUCGAGGGCGCCUGGCUGUGCCGCGGACAGCUCGGUCCGGCUGCAGGGCCCGGAGCGGGACCCCUUCCGCGGGGGGGCGGGGACCGUGGACAUCUCCCUGCACGGGCUGCUCUACCCCAAGAGCAGCGAGGAGGAGGAGGAGGAGGAAGAGCAGCGGGAGCGCCUGGAGAGGGAGGAGAGGGGCCCCUCCUCGCAGCUGGCAGGCGGCGGCUCCCCUGCAGAGAGGGAUGCGCUGGACAGCGUCCUAGACACUUUCUUGGCUCCCCCGGCCCAUGCCAGCUCGGCCGGCGCCCCCCAGAAUUGGUGCCUCUUCGGGGUCGGGAUCCCCGAAAUCCCCAACGCGCUGAUGAGCCACCGCUCCGAGCAGCAGCGGGGAGAAGCCGCCGCCGCCGGCCACCGGAGCAGCCCGGCUGCAAUCCCGGGCCCCCUGCCGCCUCCGGACCCCCCCGCCUCCCUUUGGCCGGGCGAGGGGCCCCCGGCAGCCGCUUCCAAGCUGCCGCCGCAACUGGAGGACAAGGGAGCCGCGGAGAGCACGGACGGGCAGUGCAGCGGCCCCGCGGCACUGUCCGAGGAAGAUCACGGCUUUGCCUCGGGGGGGGCCGCUGAGCAGGACGCCGGCUCCGGGAGCAGCCUCGCUCUUGCCCCUGCCCACGCCGCUGUCCCGGGGCAGGAUUUCCUGCACGUGCCCAUCCUGCCCCUCAACUCGGCCUACUUGGCCGCCAGGACCCGGCAGCUGCUGGAUGUGGAGGAAUACGGGAGCAGCUGCUUGGACCGUCGGGUAUCUCCCACCUCCGCCCCCCGGGACUUCGCGGACUAUGGCUACCCCCAGCCCCUCUCAAAGGAGGAGCAUUACAGCUACGGGGACUUCCAGCCCGCUCUCAAGAUCAAGGAGGAAGGGAUCAGUGCCGCCGCCGCCCCCUACUUGGGCACCAAGACCACUCCAGCAGCAGUGUGCCCUGCUGAGUACACGCUGGCCCCUCCGCAGCCCAGAGCCAGCCAGGAGCCCUCCUCUCUCGAGUGCAUUCUGUACAAAACUGAGUCUCCUGCUCUGGCUGGGUCCUAUGGGCCGCCGCACUGUAAAGCCUCGGGGAGCACAAGCUGUAUGGUCCAGCGGGACAGUCUUCCCUCCACAUCGACAGCCCCUCAGGCGCUUUACCAGCCGCUCAACCUGAACGGCCAUCAGCAGCUUGGCUUUCAGACAGCGAUGCUCAAAGACAGCUUGCCCCCGAUAUACCCUGCCUAUCUCAAUUACAUUAGGCCAGAUACUGACGUUGGUCAGAGUCCUCAAUACAGUUUUGAAUCAUUACCUCAGAAGAUUUGUCUGAUCUGCGGUGAUGAGGCUUCAGGUUGCCACUAUGGAGUGCUUACCUGUGGAAGUUGUAAAGUCUUCUUUAAGAGAGCGAUGGAAGGACAGCAUAACUAUUUAUGUGCUGGAAGGAAUGACUGCAUAGUUGAUAAAAUUCGUAGGAAGAAUUGUCCAGCAUGUCGCUUGAGGAAGUGCUGUCAAGCCGGAAUGGUCCUUGGAGGGCGAAAGUUUAAAAAGUUUAACAAAGUCAAAGUAAUGAGGACACUAGAUAUUGUUGCUCUCCAGCAGCCAGUGACCCUUCCAGAUGAAAGCCACGCUGUAACCCAGAGGGUAUCCUUUUCGCCAAAUCAAGAAAUACCAUUUGUUCCUUCACUGAUCACCAUCUUACAGGGCAUUGAGCCAGAAGUGGUUUAUGCAGGUUAUGACAACACACGACCUGAAACCCCAAGUGCUUUGCUGACCAGUCUCAAUCAGUUAUGUGAACGGCAACUCCUCUGUGUAGUCAAAUGGUCUAAAUCACUACCAGGAUUCCGGAAUUUACAUAUCGAUGAUCAGAUAACCCUUAUCCAGUAUUCUUGGAUGAGUCUAAUGGUGUUUGCAAUGGGAUGGAGGUCAUAUAAGCAUGUCAGUGGUCAGAUGCUAUACUUUGCACCUGAUCUGAUACUAAAUGAACAGAGGAUGAAAGAAUCAUCGUUUUAUUCAUUGUGCCUAUCCAUGUGGCAGAUCCCACAGGAACUUGUCAAACUUCAAGUUAGUCAAGAGGAGUUCCUCUGUAUGAAAUCAUUAUUACUGCUCAGUACAAUUCCUUUGGAAGGUCUGAGAAGUCAAAGCCAGUUUGAUGAGAUGAGAGCAAGCUAUAUUAGAGAACUGGUCAAGGCAGUUGGUUUGCGUCAGAAAGGAGUUGUGGCCAGUUCACAACGUUUCUAUCAACUUACAAAAUUUAUGGACUCCUUGCAUGAUCUAGUGAAACAACUCCACCUGUUCUGUUUGAACACAUUUCUUCAGUCCCGGGCACUGAGUGUCGAAUUCCCAGAAAUGAUGUCAGAAGUGAUUGCUGCUCAGCUACCCAAGAUCCUGGCAGGGAUGGUGAAACCUCUCCUCUUUCACAAAAAAUGAAAAUUUUUUUUUUCUUCCUGAAGAGACAGGCUUUUUUUAUUUUGUGCCUUUUUUAUUUCUUUGUUUUGAUCAGGAUUUCGCAGCAUCAGGACUUUAGGAUAUUUGUUCUGUUUACCACACCUACCACCUUACUGUGUAAGUUUGAUGUCCAUGUUGUAUGCUCCUGAUUUAUUUUACUGUUAAAAUCACACCUGCUAUUUGUCAUAAGAAAAGUUUUGUAAGCCAAAAUAGGUUGCUCCUUAGAACUUCACAAGAACAAUACUUAACAAGGGAAAUCUUUAGUAGUCUAAGAAGUUAUCUUGUACAUUUUUUCUUUCAUAUUCUUCCUUGAAAACUUCUGCUGUGACAUGGAGUGUAAUGGAUGGGAGGGUCAGUGUGCAUAUGUAUAAAUAUUAAAGGUCUGAGGACAUUAAAAUGUAUAUUAGACACAUUUUCUUAUGGAAAUUUCCCCUUUUAUUUUAUUAACCUGCCUCUCUAAAGUAGCAUUUCAAAGUACAUUAUCCAGGUUUAGGUUGAUAGUGGUACAGUAUCUUCACAAGUAGUUAGAAUAGUGGCAACAAAAUGCACAUUUUGUGAGAGAGAGAGAGAGAGUGUGUGUGUGUCCAUGCCAAAGAAAAACCGAAGCAAUUCUCUGCGAAAAUUAGGGACCUGUCAGUGUUUGCCUCCCACUGAAAUCAAUGAAUACACACAGACACAUCCUGCUGUUAUUAGUCUCCCUAACAAUAUGACACUUAUCUGUAAGCUAAACUACUUAACUCUAAUUUUAAACUUGGAGAUUUUAAUUUUUUUCAUUAGCCCCUACGGUAUAGUUUAGACACUUUAAAUACAUUCUAGUUACAUAUCUCUCUUUAACAUUCAGUAAUAUUUAAUGACUACUUUGGUGAUCUUAAUGUGCUACUGGAUUAACUCAGACACCCAAUAAAAUCAAAUUAGAGAGAGAUCAAAUACAAAAAGAAAUGGAAAGAAUGAUUACAUAAGCUUUGAUACACAGCAGUCUCGUUAUAAUGUCAUUCAGUGGACCUAAGCAUUGUGAGGUUUAUAAAGACAAGUUGCUAUAAUUGGAAUGAUUAUAAUGGAGGUUAAUGUGGGCUGUGAGUACAAGUAAAGUACCCUUAUGUGAUCAAAGAGAAUGACUUAAAUUUUAUAAUGGGAGUGAAAGGUUUUACUGAAGAAUUGCUGUAAUACUUUAUAUGAAAUAGAUAUGAAACACCUCACAUGCUUCCUUCAGGCACAUUCAAGCUAGAGAGACAUAGGUCAAGGGGAAACAAGACUCACUAUUAGGCUACAAAAUCAUUACACGAAUUAGUGGUUUUUAUCUGCCCUUGUAAGUAUGUCCUAUUUCUCCAAAAUCCCCCCCCAAAUGCCUUCCCCAGGGGUUACCAACUAGUUACACAAACAGAACCAGCAGGAUGAAGAGAAAUGUUCCUAGGUAAGCUGGAACAAUGCUACUUUGUUUUUUACCAGAUUUGAAAUUGUAACUUUCCAUGGGCAAGUGAUUUUGAUUCUCUUUCCACCACAACCUGACUUUAACUCGGAUUCAUAAAGCAUUUAUAUUUUAAUAAAUUACAGGUUUACACUGUAGAAAGAGUUCUUUGGUUUUGCAUUACCAGAGUGCUGGUGGGGUGUUUUUAUAAGUAAUAUUUGCUUUCACUAUUUAAAUUUGUACCUAGGCUACAUGAUUCCCACCCCCACCCCCCCAUGUGCUCACUAAUCCAUGGUAUAAUACCAUUUCUUCAAACUCAUUGGGAAGGUGAACAUUGCUGCAUGUCCUGAAAAACUGGUGAGAUUUAUCCUUCACUAAAUGCAUGGCCAGUGAGUGACCUAUUAAAACAAACAUUCUUGCCAUGCCAUAAAAUCACCCUAAACAUCCCACUUUUGAAUUUGGAACAUGGAACAGUGAAUAUGAGUGCCUUAAGAAUGCCCCUAAAUUCAGGCUGUAUAAAUCUCUGUCUCUCUUUCUGCAGUAUGUUCCAGGUGGUACCAUUUUAAUAAUAAUUUUCUAUUGCUGCCUUCAGUGCUCUGGCAACACACUUUAUAUGACAGGUACCUCCAAAAUAGCUUACACUUGCUUCAGGGGUGUCAUCAGCAAGUGCCUAAGCCAUCUUUUUGGAAAUAAAUGGUAAAUAAAAAAAAUCCAAACUAAUGAACUUUUUAAGAUCUUAGGGUAUGUCUACAUUACAAAGUUAAUUGGAACUAACAGACGUUAGUUCGAAUUAACUUUGAUAGGCGC